AUGACAGAAACACAGGGCACAAACAAUGAGACGGAGCUGGCGGUGCAGAACGUCAAGGCGUACCUGCUGAAACACAGCACCAAAUCGAGCAUUAGCCUAUACGACCACCUGUCUCAGGUUCUGUCCAGGAUUUUGGAUGAGCGACCAGACAAUGCCGUGGAUGUGUUUGAAGAUAUCAGUAAAGAAGUGAAACAGGAGCGAUUUUCUAAAAAACUGGACACGCUACACGAGGAGAGUGACGUUUUGGCUACCUUAGAGAUCGCCGAGGUCCAGAAAUCUUUGUUAAUGAAGAAUCCAGAAACAGAGCAGGAGGAUUUUGAGUCUCCACUUCCCAAUAUCAUGGAGAUGGCGUCCUCCUUUGAGCAGGCCGGUGUAGGCCUAUGUCGUGAUGAGAUGUUUCACAUUUUCCUUUCGAUCAAGCAGUUAGUGGAUAUGCUACCACUGAAGAAAUGCCGCUUAUGGGGCAAGAUUCUAGGCAUCAAAGGAAACUAUAUUGUGGUGGAGGCCGAGUAUCUGGAAGGGGAAGAUGAUGAAGGGAUGGAAGAGGAAAACGAAGGUGAAGAGGAGGAGGCAGAAGAAAUGCAAGAAGAGGAUGAUGAAAGUGCUGAGCGAAUGCCCAAGUCCACCUUCAAGCCACCACCUUCUGUUCCCAAAGAGGAAAACCGCACUGGUGUCAACAAGUACACCUAUUUUGUGUGUGGUGAGCCUGGAAGAUCCUGGGUCAAGCUGCCCAUGGUGACUCCAGCUCAGAUUGUUGCAGCCAGGAGUAUCCAAAAAUUCUUCACUGGCUUUCUAGAUACUCCAAUUAUCAGCUACCCACCUUUCCCAGGAAAUGAAGCCAACUACCUGCGUGCCCAGAUUGCCCGCAUCUCUGCGACCACCCACGUCAGCCCAUUAGGCUUCUACCAGUUUGAAGGAGCAGAGGAGGAAGAGGAGGAGGAGGAGGAGGAAGAAGAAGGAGGAGCUGCAAAAGACUCAUUCGAGGAAAACCCAGAAUUUGAAGGGAUACCUGCUGCAGAACUAACUGAGUCAUUGUCCAACUGGGUCCACCAUGUCCAGUACAUUCUUCCACAGGGACGCUGUGUUUGGGUGAAUAUUUCGCAAAAGAAAGAACAUGGGGAUGAAGAGGAAGAGGAGGAGGAGGAGGAAGAAGAGGAGGAGGAAGAAAAAGAUGAAGGGGCUGAUCAAGUUCAACCGGAAGUGGGUCCUCCCCUCCUCACCCCACUGUCUGAAGAUGAUGAAACUGAUAUUGUGCCAUGGACAGCGAGAGUUUCUUCCAGCCUGGUCCCUCAGUACAGCAUUGCCGUUCUCCGCUCAAACAUUUGGCCCGGAGCUUACGCUUUUGCCGGAGGAAAGAAAUUUGAAAAUUUUUACCUGGGUUGGGGAGACAAGUACGUACGUGAAAACUACUGCCAAGAAUUGGUGCCAAAACCUCAGGCAGAAUACCCCAUCGGGCCUGAAAUUACUGAGGUGGAUGACCCCACACUGGAGGAGGAAGAAAGAAUGAAGGCUGAGUUGGAGGAGAAGAGGCUGGCGGAAGAAGAGAAUGAAGAGGAGGAGGAGGACGCAGAAGAAGGUGACGAAGGAGACGACGAUGACUAA